AUGGCAGUCAUUUCGCCAGUCCCACCCUCCCCGACAACAAACGAGCCUCCUCCGUCUCCACAGCAACCCACCAAGGCCACCAAACACCGUGCCGUCACUGUACAGGACGACGAGGGCGACAGUGGUGACAAUCAGUCCAAGGAUGCACAGGUCAACCCAUCGUCGGCCUCAACUUCGAGGACCACACGCCCCCUGCCAACGCCGCUACUCCACGCCACCAACCGCGUAGCGUCCGCCCCCGCAGCUGUAACUGUUACCAAGACCACCACCACCACCACCACCACCACCACCGACAAACCACUGCCCAAGCCCAUCCUCAAGGCCAGUACCACCGCCAAGAAGCCUGGGUACCCCGAAUUUCGCUCUCCGUGGGCAUACACCGAACGUAUCCUGCCUGAGCGCAGAGUCGUGAGCAACACGGAACACUACCCGUACGACGAUCCACUCGAACCGCCUGUCAAACCUCUCGAUCCGCUCUUCACAUCCGCACCCAACUCGCCACCCAGCGGGGUGAAGAAGGGCGACCCGUGGUACUGGCAAGGCAACAUCAUAGCCGACAAGGACAAGCCGUCCAUUGCCAACAACACCCGUUUCUUUCCUUACGACGACGAGGGCGGUCCAGCGGCCAAGCCAGCUGUCCAGAAGCCAGAACCCAAGGUCGUGGAGCCGUGGCCCGAGAUCAUCGCUGUGCCCAACAUCGUCAACUGGCGGCUGCCCGACCCUCUGCCCAAGGCCCCAGCCCCAAAGGUUUCCGGUGGCGAUACGGUCAAGAACAAGGGCGCACAGACCCCGAGGCCGCGUCCACCUCCUGCAGCCAACAAGUAA